AUGAACGCCACCUUCGCGACAGAGCUGAAGAAGGUGUGCCCGCCUCCGAGGAAUGGCGGGGGGUUCAUCUCCGUGAGCAACAACCGUGUGACAGACCCGAACAAGCUGAGCAACCAGUUCUACAAAAACAUGGCCUCUGGGCAGGUGUUGUUCACGUCAGACCAGACGCUAAUGGAUGAGACGCCAACGACCGGCAACAAGACAGCGGCCAUGGUGGCCGACAAUGCCGCCAACCCUAUCGCGUGGAUGGUCAGGUUUGCGGGGGCUAUGGUGAAGAUGGGAGGCAUUGAGGUGCUCACCGGGACUGGCCCCGGCGAAGUCAGAAAGGCCUGCAAUGCCACCAACAACGCGAGCUAG